GCAACAAAUGAUUAUUGCAACGGAUUUUUGGUAAUGAAAAAAUGUGGAGUACCUCUUUCGAGCUGGGAUCUCAGGGGCAGUGAGAGAGAGAGAGAGGGGGAGAGGGAGAGAAGGAGAGAGAGAGAAAGAGAUUGCUGAUUAGCUCGGAUUCUUUCCCAACUUGCUUUAGCGUGUGCUUGCGUUCCCUGCCGACCCUACACAGGACACUAUAUAUUUUUUCCCCUUCGGUGCAUGUGUUGAUAGUCCAGCCUGUAGUUGUUUGCGGUUGGCUUUUUUUCCCUUUUCGUUUUUUUUUUUUCUUUUUCCUGCCGGGGAGGGGGAGGUGGGAAAGGGGGGGAGGGGGGGUUGAAAUCCGUCGCAUCCUACCCCCACAGUCAUUAACUUAGGAGAUUUCCCUCUCUUAUUUUUUUUUCUCCCCAAUUGGAAGGGUGGGUUGUGAAUAUUUUUCCUUUUUUUUUUUUUUUUUUUUUUUUUUUAAGUCUCGCCUUUCCAGCUCCAAACAAGGUGUAGCGAGACGCUCUUCCUUCUAAGGAAUGAAAUGAGACAAGGAUCACUCAAAGACAUCUCCUACCUUGGGCUUGGGGAUUUUUUCUUAAAGGCAAGGCGCACAUUCCUAAGCAGCUGUGUACAAAGCCCCCCCUGAAAUCUUGUCUGUGUAAAGUUAGAGUGUGUUCAGGGUGUUUUUUUUUCCUCUCUCUCCCAAGGCUGAUCGCUAAUAAUACAUCGAAAGCACUUCCCUUUAGGUUGUGGGAAAUCUAUUCCCUUCACCUUGCUUCCUUUUUUCCCCCCCUGAAGGCUGUAACUUUACUUUUUUUUUCUCUCUCUCUCUUUUUUUUUUUUUUUUUUAAAUCAGUUUGCACAAUCGCUUAGAUAAACACCAAGAAGGAGACUUCUCUUUAAUUACCCAACGCACAUCUUUCUGGGGGGCAAACAGCGGUCUGAUUUUUUUUUUUUAUUUGUUUGUUUCACCUGCCAAACUAAAGGAGAGGUAGAAAAAGGAAGAUGCAAGCGAUUUGGGACCUUGAACAAGGCAAAUAUGGUUUUGCGGUCCAGAGGGGCAGAAUGCCACCCACACAGCCAACUCAUGGUCAGUUCGCCUUGACAAAUGGGGACCCUCUCAACUGCCAUUCCUACCUAUCCGGAUAUAUCUCCCUUCUUCUGAGAGCAGAGCCCUACCCCACCUCCCGCUUUGGCAGUCAGUGCAUGCAACCCAACAACAUCAUGGGCAUCGAGAACAUUUGUGAACUGGCAGCUAGGAUGCUCUUCAGCGCGGUGGAGUGGGCCAGGAAUAUCCCCUUCUUCCCAGACCUCCAGAUCACAGACCAGGUGGCCCUCCUGAGGCUGACCUGGAGCGAGUUAUUUGUCCUCAACGCUGCCCAGUGCUCCAUGCCCCUCCACGUAGCUCCGCUCCUGGCAGCUGCUGGCCUGCACGCUUCGCCAAUGUCUGCUGACCGAGUGGUCGCCUUUAUGGACCACAUACGAAUCUUCCAAGAGCAAGUAGAAAAACUGAAAGCAUUGCAUGUCGACUCUGCAGAAUAUAGCUGUUUAAAGGCCAUAGUCCUCUUCACCUCAGAUGCCUGUGGUCUCUCUGAUGUAGCCCAUGUUGAAAGUUUACAGGAGAAGUCACAGUGUGCUUUGGAAGAGUAUGUUAGGAGCCAGUAUCCCAACCAGCCAACACGAUUCGGGAAGCUAUUACUACGUCUCCCCUCCCUUCGCACUGUCUCCUCUUCUGUCAUAGAGCAAUUGUUUUUCGUCCGUUUGGUAGGUAAAACCCCCAUAGAAACCCUAAUCAGGGAUAUGUUACUGUCUGGCAGCAGUUUUAACUGGCCUUACAUGUCCAUUCAAUAAAACAUUCGAGACAGAGGAAAAAAAAAAAAAAAAGACGAAAAUUUAAAAAAAAAAUAAAAUUCGGAAUUGUGAAGGGAGAUGAGAGUGAAAGGAAAGCAUAUGACAUUUGGGUUCUGGUUGUUUCUUAAAUUUCCUUCUGCUAAGAAAGGAUGUAAAAGGAUGUUACAAGUUUGCUAAGAGAAGACAGGAAAAAAAUAAUGGACUGUGAAUUAAAAAAAAGAGACUGUCAAAUGAACUUUUACAGAAUGCAUUAAAACUCCCGUGUUGUUCAGAAAAAAAAACUUGCUACUUAUCAUUUUUUUUUUUGUAAAAUAUAAAAAAGAGGGAAAGAAAAAAGAAAGAAGAAGAAAAGAAACGAUGGUGGGCUUUUUCUUUUUUUCUUUUUUCUUCUUUUUUUUCUUUUUUUGGGGGUAAACUUUUUAAAAAAUCUCGCUUAAAGUGCAUUUAAAGGAAAUUUGGAGUAAAUUAGCAGAACGGAAGAAAGUAAGUCUUUUUUUUCCAAAUUAUUAAUUGUCCUAUGUGUCUAUGUACCUAUAGCUGUUCUUUUUUGUAUUUUUCUGGUUUCAAACCAGUUUAUUCUGUGGUUCUAUAAUAAUUUUUGAUAUAACCUUGGCUUCUUUAAAAAAAAAAAUAAACUGUGUAUCCUUAAAAUAUAUGUUCUGAAAGAAUUAAAACUGAGUCCACGGAAGUAUCAUAGGAAGAAAGGAAAAGAGAGAAAAAAAAAACCCCUCAACAACACAAUGAUGGAAGCGCACUUAAGGUGGUGACCCAAAAUCUAGCUUGAAGCUGAGAGAGCUAUAAUUAUAUAGACCCGAAUGAACCACACGUGUCAUAUAACUCCCCCCAAAUCUAGGUUUUUUGAUAUUUCGGACAGAAAAUGAACUGUGGGGAUUUAUUAUAGGUAGAAGGAUUUUGUGUCCAAGACACACUACGGUUUUGAUUUAAAAAAAAAAAAAAACAACAAAAAAAAAAACAAACAAAAAAAAACAAGCAAACAAGCAAAGUGAACUUUUGUAAUUUGAAUUGGGUUCCACAUAGUUCAUCAUGAAUUGUUAUUAAACUCCUCUAUCUGUUUGUAUAUUUGCAAGCCCUUUGUAUUAUAAUAAUUGUUGAUAUUUUCCCUUUUUAAAAAAUACCAUUGA